AUGUCCUCCCCCCGUUCCGCCGUGCAUAUCCCCCAAACCCCAGCUGUCCUCGACAGCGUCCGUCUCCGCGACAUCGAGCUCCCGCUCCCCGCUGCUCCAGACCCAUGGCACCGCCCCGAUAAGCCACAGCCCUGCACCGCAAGCCUGAAGCUAUCCUACUCAUCCGCCAUCGCCGCUGCAGAACAAGACGAUGUCUCCCUCUCCCUUGACUACGGCAAGCUCUUCCGCCGUCUGGAGACUGACAUCCGCGAGAUGGCCCACCACACUACCUCCCCGGAGCACCCGCACCACCACAUGGUCAGCGUCGAAGGCACGCAGCGCGAGGAAAUGAAAAUCAGCGCCGUCGGCCAAGACCCACGCGUCACGGCCGGUAUCGUAGCGAACUGCGGCCUGGGUCUACUAGACGAGACAGCUGCCGGCGUGCGCCGUAUGGCGCAUGUCCACCAGAGCCCGCGGAAUAGCUUCUCGGGUGCCUCGGUGCCUCCCGUCCCUGCGCCUAACCGCUCGUCCCCAAUUGCGGCGGAGUAUGGCCGCUGUGAGGUGUGGCUGCAUCUGCCCAAGGCGCUUCUGCGUGCGGAGGAGGGACUCAAGUACCGGAGUGUUACGGUGUGGGGGUAUAAGGAUGGUGCGGAUGCGGACGAGCCCUUGGAGUCGGAGUCGCGGUGUCCCGUUGUGUUGGAGGAGGAGUUCCGGAUUGAGGGUAUUCGCUGCUACUGCAUUCUCGGUGUGAACUCGCAUGAGCGGGUUGAGAAGCAGGCUGUGAUUAUUUCGCUGGGCUUUGAGGGUCCUGGGCAGUUGGCUUGGGGUUCGACUGUGGUUGAUACGUAUGUGGCUCUGACGCGGGCUGUUGCGGAGAAAGUCGACGAGACUACCUUCCAAACUGUCGAAGCACUGGCCACCUUCAUUGCGCGUAUCGUGACGGUGGACUUUGGCAAUGAACGUGUCACCGUUCGUGUCGAGAAGCCUAGCGCAUUGGCAUUUGUCCAGCGCUCCGGUGUCGAGAUCACUCGAUCCCAAGCCUUCUUCAAGAACCACGAUGUGGCGCGCAGGUGA